UCCAUUGGCUAUGCAGCCUGCCACAUCUCCGAAGAAGCCAAUGAGGGAUGGCAACGAGGGACGCCGGCUUAUGAUUGGCGGGAUAGGCUCUAGGGCCCGGUGCGUCUCCCCGGAGGCUUGAGCGCGCUCCGCCUCAGCCUGGCUGGCGGUUUAAAGAUGGCGGUGGCACUGCUCGUGCCCCCCGCACCCUGACGGGUGGGCAGACAGACGAACGGGCUGACUGACGGACAGGCUGACGUGCGGAAGGAGCGAGGCGGAGGCGUCAGCGGGCACGGAGCGGCUCAUGCCCAGGUUGAAAGAAGAAAAGGAACUUAUGGAUUGAAGAGCUGCUCCCUCCACUUAAGUCUUCAGCUGUUUAAGCUGAAUGCAUUGUGAUUUCCAAUAAUUGAGACAGUGAUUCUAAAAGCUGUCUACAUUAAUGAAAAGAACAAUGUAGUCAGCUUAGCUAAGUCAUCGGUGUUGCCUAUUGACUAAAACCCGAGACAUUUAACUUGAUGGAUUUUUGCAUGUUAGGAGAAUAGAUUGAUAUAACUUAAGUUUUUGGUCUUUUAAAGUGGUUGUUUUAAUAGUAUUUAAGAUAAUGGAGACAUUGGAAAGCAUAGGUCCUCUUCAACAAGAGUUGACAAGAGAAUUGAUUGUGGAGAACCACCUUUAUCUCCCGCCACUGCCUCCUAGCGAAGAGCCUCCACCACCUCCCCUGCAAACGUCCAGUGACGCAGACGUAAUGGACGUUGGCUCUGGUGGUGCUGGACAGUCAGAUACCCCUCCUGCUGGGGACAUGUACGCCCACUUCGGACCCCAGCUCCUCACCAAAGGAUCUGCUCCCUACAAAAGCCGCCUCUGCAUAGACCCAGACAACUGUGACCUAAGCCCAAGAACAGCUCGCCAUGCCCCGUUAGUUCGAAAAUUCAUCCCUGAUCUUAGGUUGCUUAAGGAUGUUAAGAUUAGUGUCAGCUUCACUGAAAGCUGCAAAAGCAAAGACAGAAAGGUUCUUUAUACUGGAGCUGAACUAGACGAUAAGGCUGAGGCAGCUUUUAGUAUAAAUGAUGUCAAAGGAGAUUUCCAUGUGUGUCCUUUUGAUGGUAGUCAUGGGAACAUAGUAGGAGUAGUGGGUGAAAGUGUAGACAAGAGGGAUGAAGAAAACGAGAUUGAUCAGGAAAAGAGAGUGGAGUAUGCAGUACUGGAUGAGUUAGAAGAUUUUACUGACAAUAUGGAAAUAGAGGAAGAAACAGGAGGGUUCACAGCUAAAGCAAUUUCUCAACGAGAUAAAGUGGAUGAAGACACCUUGAAUUUCUCCUAUGAGGAUGAUUUUGACAAUGAUGUGGAUGCACUCCUAGAAGAGGGCCUUUGUGCUCCCAAAAAGAGAAAAAUUGAGGAAAAAUAUGGAGGAGAGAGUGAUCAUCUCUCUGAUGGAGAAACAACUGUGCAGCCAAUGAUGACCAAAAUAAAGACCGUCCUUAAAAGCCGUGGCCGUCCGCCUACAGAACCAUUACCUGAUGGAUGGAUCAUGACAUUCCAUAACUCUGGAAUUCCUGUCUAUCUGCAUAGAGAAUCUAGAGUUGUUACCUGGUCCAGACCAUACUUCUUAGGAACAGGAAGCAUAAGGAAACAUGAUCCUCCCCUGAGCAGCAUUCCUUGCCUACAUUAUAAGAAAAUGAAGGACAAUGAGGAAAGAGAACUCAGCAAUGACAUCACCCCGAUUGGGGAUGCUUCUCCCAUCAAGUCCAUGGAGAAAGCUUCAGAGUUGGACAGCCAGACUGAGGAGCCAGACUCUACAGCUGUGGACUCUGGAUCCCUUGAUGAGAAAGAACCUCUCGGAGGAGACACAGCCCAAGGAGCCUUAGGACAAGUUAAGGCCAAAGUGGAAGUGUGUAAAGAUGAAUCUGUUGAUCUUGAAGACUUUCGGAACUAUCUGGAAAAGCGUUUUGAUUUUGAGCAAGUUACUGUGAAAAAGUUUAGGACUUGGGCAGAAAGACGCCAGUUCAAUCGUGAGAUGAAGCGUAAGCAGGCUGAAUCCGAGAGGCCCAUCCUGCCUGCCAACCAGAAACUCAUUACUCUGUCUGUGCACGAUGCGCCUACAAAGAAAGAAUUUGUUAUUAAUCCCAAUGGGAAGUCAGAGGUCUGCAUACUACACGAGUACAUGCAGCGAGUCCUCAAGGUUCGCCCUGUUUACACUUUCUUUGAAUGUGAGAACCCAAGUGAGCCUUUUGGAGCCUCAGUGACUAUUGAUGGAGUGACCUAUGGGGCUGGAACUGCAAGCAGCAAAAAGCUUGCAAAGAACAAAGCUGCCCGAGCCACAUUGGAAAUUCUCAUUCCUGACUUUGUUAAGCAGACCUCUGACGAGAAACCCAAAGACAGCGAGGAACUUGAGUAUUUUAACCAUAUCAGUAUUGAAGACUCCCGGGUGUAUGAAUUGACCAGUAAGGCGGGACUUCUGUCACCAUAUCAGAUUCUCCACGAGUGCCUUAAAAGAAACCAUGGAAUGGGCGACACAACCAUCAAGUUUGAAGUGAUCCCUGGGAAAAACCAGAAGAGUGAAUACGUGAUGACUUGUGGGAAGCACACUGUCCGAGGCUGGUGUAAAAACAAGAGAGUAGGGAAACAACUAGCCUCUCAGAAAAUCCUUCAACUUCUGCACCCACAUGUCAAAAAUUGGGGCUCUUUGUUGCGCAUGUAUGGUCGGGAGAGCAACAAGAUGGUAAAACAGGAAAUGUCCGAUAAGAGCGUCAUUGAACUUCAGCAAUAUGCCAAGAAGAACAAGCCAAACCUACACAUUCUGAACAAGCUGCAGGAAGAGAUGAAGAAGCUGGCACAGGAGAGGGAGGAAACUCGGAAGAAGCCCAAGAUGACCAUAGUGGAGUCGGCUCAGCCUGGCAGUGAGCCUCUGUGCACUGUGGAUGUGUAACCAGCAGCCCUGGCGGGGAGCAGUGAAACAAGCGGCCUGUGGCCCCUGGGAGCCAUGCGCGGCAGGCUGCUCUUCAGAGACACGUCCUUCUGUUUCUGCCCCAUCGGGCCCUUGUCAUUCACCCCAACUUGUUACCUCUUAGGAGUCAUGUUUAAAUGAUUGAUUGAUCAAAAGGGAAAAAAGGGGCUCUGGGGGGCCACUAAGCAGCUGUGCUAACCAACCACACUUCACUACAGACCUUUUAAAAGCAAGCACUUUGUCCUUGACAGUCAUCCAUAGUGUCUGCAUUGGAUGGGUGUUUCCGGAUCAGAUUCAGAGAAUGUACAGCUCGGAGCAGAUUUAUUAGAGAUAUGAAGAGAGACAGGCUUCUGUGUAUGUGCCUCAAACUAGUUUUCUGGAAGGUUUUGUUGCAUUUCAGCUUGUAACAGUAUGCACUGGUGGGAGACACUGGUGGCCCUUUCAUGCCAGAAAAGAGGACUAAUAAGAGGCAAGGAGCCAUGUUCCCAAUGCAGCCGGAGCCCACUGGAGAGCCCCAUCCCUGCUGGAUCCAGGCCUGGCUUAGAGAGCAGGAAGAGCUCCUAGCAUUUUAAAUCCCAAACCAAAAUGACUCAUAAUCGGAGGGAGACGUGACUCUUCUCCAUCCCUACCCCCAUCCCCCCACCCUUACCCUUUUUUAAAAAUGGGGCAAAGUAGUGAUGAGUAAUGAAUUGUACCAGUGAGAUUCUUGGGCCCUUUGGGCAUCAAAGCCACUUUGUGGAUCUUGGAGGAUAAACAUGAAUUGAAAAUCAUUAUUCAUUCACCGAAAUCCUCUGCCAGUGCAUAGCAGUUACAUUCUGGAGCCGUGAUUGGCUGAUUUUAAUGGCGUUGUUCUUUGUUUUUCUAUCUGAGUCUUAAAACCCUUCAAAACAGACUUUUUUAAAUCCUUGCCGUCUCCCUUAAUCCUUCUGUUGGCACCCUGCAUCAGUUUUUAGGGAGUUGAUUUUUCUCCAUGUGGCUGGUUGUGGAGCUGCUCUGUGCAAUGCUUUGGUGAGCUUUUUGUAGUGUUCUGAAAAGCAGCUUUGGCUUCGAUGUCGAAGUGUGUUGAUGACAAUGAAUUAAGGCAUUUGAGGAGUCGGACUGGUUAAGACGAGUCCGAUCUGCUUUUAACAUCCAGCCAAGAACUGGUUUGGGGCCCAAGGAACACUGCCCCUCCACAAGCAGUUGGGCUUUUUGGCCAGCAGCCUGCCGUAGCCUUUGGGGGGUCCAUUGGCGUGUUUCACACCUUCCACAUGUACCCUCCAAAGUCAUUGGCUGGGCUUGUCUGAGCCAGACUCCCUCUGAGCAGCCUGCCCCUCCAGCUGGGAAAGAUUGUUUGGCUCUAGCUCCCGAAGCCCCAAUAUCAUGGAAUGGGGUUAUCUCCCUUGCAUAGCUGCAGCCCUGGGCUCCACGGAGCCCCUGUUUGGAGAGGGAAUAGGCCUUCUUGGCUGCGGGUUAAAUGUAUCCCACCAAGUCUGAGAAGAAAAACCUGCACAUUCAGUUGAAGUUGCAUUAUGGUCAGUGUUUGAAAUUUUAAGAAUUGUGGUCAGUUUUUUGUGUAGAAAAAGAAUGGAAGAUUAGAUUUCUCAGUCCUUAAAUUUAAGACCUCCUUUUAAUAGAGCUUUAAUGCAGGGGAUGGCAACGGUCUUUGCGAGAGAAUUGCCUGUCGAUGUAUCCAGCAGCCAGAGCUCUUUGCAAAGAUCCUGGCGACCUUCUGUGUCUCCAGGCAGUACUGUCCACUGCAGCCCUCCUGGGCCAAGCGCCCCUUUUAGAAGAUUUGUCCCCCUUUGUUGCCAGGGUCUAGAGCAGACUCUUACAGAUCUGAUGUUGCCUUGGAACAAGUAAAAACCACAGGCACCACCAUGUUCCUGUAGCUAGAAUGUCGCUGUAGUCGGAGGCCCGUUGAUCCAAAUUGUGAAGGUGGCAGAGUCAUGACCCAGCCUUGGUGCCCGGAGCCUCAGACCACUGGAACACCCCCCCUCUGCAGACUGCUGUUGGGGGAUGGCUCCUUUAGGCGGGAGCAAGAGCUGCUGGGCUGGGGGCUAAUUAUUAGCAAGAUGGGUCUGGUCUGCACGAUGAGCACUUGGCCAUGGGCGUCCAGGAGGUGGACGUAGGUGCCCACCAUGUGCCGGCUGUGCUGGGCACCUAAUGUUGAGACUAGUUCUUGCUCCAAGCAGCGGAAUUGUCCAGAGGAAGCUGCCACCUCCGCUUGUCCUCGCUCUUGGUUGUGUUCUCUAAAGAGACAGGUGUGUAUGUGUGUGUACGUCCUGGGACGGUGGGCUUCUCAAGGUACUGUGUCAAUAAAGUGGGACCAUCCUCUC